AUGCCUGAAAGAUACAACAGCUAUAGGGAUGAUGAUGAUCCCCAAGCUGAAAAAUUUCGCAAGCUCUUUAUCGGAGGGUUAAAUUAUGAAACUACCGAAGAAACCAUCAAGCAGCACUUCGAACAAUGGGGAGAGAUUGUCGACUGCGUCGUCAUGAAAAACCCAGCAACCAAGAGGUCCCGAGGCUUUGGUUUUAUCACCUACAAAGCUUCCGAGAUGUUGGACGAUGCCCAGACCAACCGACCUCACAAAAUAGAUAAUCGGGAACUCGAUACCAAGCGCGCUAUGCCACGCAACGAGUCUGAUGAGACCCAAACUUCAGUAAAGAAAAUGUUCGUCGGUGGAUUAAAGGAUGACACCGCAGAAGAAGACGUCAGAGAAGUCUUCGGUCGCUUCGGCAAGAUCGAGAAGCUGGAAAUGAUUAAAGACAAAAACACUGGUAAACAGAGAGGCUUUUGUUUCAUCACAUUCGACGACUUCGACUCUGUGGACAAAUGUGUCUUGAAACGGCGAAUUUCUCUUAACGGCAAAUACGUUGAAGUGAAGAAAGCUGUCUCCAAGGACCGAGAAGGGGGCAUGUCCGGUGGAAGAGGCGGACGCGGUGGCUCUCGUGGUGGUAUGGGAGGCAGAGGCGGUUUCGGCGGUUCUAACGGCGGUGGCUACAAUGAUGGCUAUGGCUAUCAAGGAAACAUGGGUUAUGCCAGCAACAUGGGCGGAGGCGGUGGUCCUCAGGGCUAUGGCGGUGGUGGCCCCCAAGGCUACGGCGGUGGAAACCAAGGUGGUUACGGCGGCGGCUAUGGCAAUUCUGGCGGCAUGGGAGGCCGUUAUGGCGGUCCCGGUGGCGGUUCCGGAGGUGACUUCAAUGAUGGCUACAACAACUUUGGCUCUGGAUAUGGAUCUGGAUACGGCGGUGGACCUACCCGUGGCGAGCCAAACCAUCUUAUCUCUAUCCGCAUCCGCUACACGGUCGGAGCACACGGACUACUACGGCCAGUAAGUGGCAUUAGUGGUGGUGAUGUUUUUCCGAAGCACCUGAUGCUUAAUGGUUCCAGACCACCCAGGAUGCCGACCCAUUCAGUCCUGAACAUUUACCCUAACCAACUGGGCAUGAAGAAGUUGGCUUCAGCACGUCGAAGGACGUCAUUUUGCGACUCUGCGAAGAGUUUGGAGGAGGGAAAUCAAUUGUCAAAAAUUGUAACUUUACACAAUAAAGUUGUUUGA